CGAUCUGUGGUCAUGAUCCUGCCAGCCAUUCAUCUUCCCCUCCUCCUGUUGCUGGUGAUGGACAUGGGGGGCACUAUGCCCAGUGCCCAGGCACCUCCCCGGGGAUGCUAUGUGGCAGAGGAAGCUGGUGAGCGUACAUUCCGUUGCAGCCAGGCUGGCCUGGUUGCUGUGCCUCUAGGCAUCCCAAAUGACACCCGUAAGCUCUACCUGGAUGCCAAUCGGCUGGCAUCUGUGCCUGCUGGUGCCUUCCAGCAUCUUCCUGCCCUGGCUGAGCUAGACCUAUCGCACAAUGUCCUCGUCCGCCUCUCAGAUGCUGCCUUCCAGGGUCUGGGGAACACCCUGAGAUACCUGGAUCUCUCUGCCAACCAACUGACAUCUGUGCCCGCUGAGGCCUUUAGGGAAUUACAGAUCCAAGUGAACCUGUCUGCCAAUCCAUGGCGCUGUGACUGUGCCCUUCAGGAGGUGCUGAGAUGGGUGAGGUUGGCACCUGGUACUGGGGCAGGCAUUGUAUGUGGACCAAGUGCCCGGCCAGAGCUGGUGGGACGGGAAUUUCUGUCACUGAUAGAGGAGGCAGAAAUGUGUGGGAGCGGGAGAGGUGGGGCCCAGAGAGGCACAGAUGCUGCCCUGCUUGUCACCAUGGGAGGCUGGCUGGCACUAGUCGUGGCCUAUCUUGUUCACUACGUGCGGAGGAACCAGGAAGAGGCCCGUCGUCCACCAAAACUGCCUCCUACCCUGCCAACCCGCUCUGAGGAUUCAUCCAUGCUCAGCACUGUUAUUUGA